AUGGAGUCUACAUCUCUAUUACCAACAGCUUUAGAUAUGGAUCUGACAAUAUCACAUAUUGAAUGCCUUCCCAAAGAUGUUCUGGUGAAAUUUCAAGGCAGAAAUAAUAGUGAAUGUGAGUUUGACUACCACAUAUUGCAGAGGGAGAUACAGCAUAGUCCAAAAGUAAAAAAUAACGUGGCUGUUGAUGAACUUUGUCUGGUGGAAGAAAGAGUAUCUGGAGAAUGGCAGAGAGGAAGAGUUGUGGAAAAGAAAAAUGAACUCUACACAGUGCUCCUCAUAGAUCGUGGAGAAGAACUAAGAGUAGAUAGUACGCAGAUUUCUUCAGCAUGUGCCAAUUUAUUUGAGUUGCCACCACGAGUGGUAUUUGGUAUUUUUGCCAACAUACUACCAAGUGGGGAAAAAUGGUCUCCUAAGGCUUUAAAUUAUUUCAAGUCAUUAGUGGGAAUACAAGUGCAAGGUUAUGUUCAAGCUAUUUUGCCUCUGCAAAUGAUUCUUCUUGAAGUGCCAAGAAUUAUAUCCCAGGCUCUUGAAUUACAAUUUGGAAGAUUUAUUGAUGAAGAUUCAUUUCGUCUUGUUGUGGAAAUGUUAAAAGAAUUCCCUCAACAAAGGUCAGAUUUGAUACAACAUAAAAGGCCUGAAUUGUCCUUAAGUAAUAAUGAUGGUUUACUUGAUAUUCAGCAUGUUCUGGGUAAUUUGCAGCCGUCUUUGUCAGUAGGAAGUACUGAAAGUGUGAAGGUAUCAUCUGCAUUAAGCCCAAGUAAAUUUUAUUGUCAAUUAAUUAGAUGGAUACCAGAGCUGGAAAACUUGACAGUGUGUAUGACUUUGCAUUAUGAUACAAUCAGUCAAGAAACCAGCCCCACUUGUGACAAUUUUGGACUACUUUGUGUCGCCAAAAGGAGAAAUGGACAGUGGCAUAGGGGGAUUCUACAGCAGCUCUUGCCUAGGAACCAAGUGAAAAUUUGGUUUAUGGAUUAUGGCAGUAGUGAAGCUAUACCUUCAAUCCAUGUAAAGAAACUGAAACAGGAUUUUAUUUUAGUACCAUUAUUUUCUUUCCCAUGUUCUCUGACAUAUUUACACAGUCCAGAUAGAGAAGAAAGAAAAUUUCAACUGAGUGUAUUUAAACAAGCCCUAUUAGGACAAGUAGUAUAUGCACAUAUUGAUUGGUUCAAUAAGGAUGAGCAUAUGUAUUAUGUGACAUUACAAACUCAAGAGUCCACAGUUAAUUCUCAGUGUCUGCUGAAGACUGGCACACAAGUACUUUGUCCAGUCUCUGAUUCAAAUUCCUCUAGUAUCUUGCAUAAGACAAGUGAAUCUGAUGUGGACAGCUUUGCAGUUGAGAGUCAUUUUAGAAAUUGUGAACAGUUGAUAGACUCUCUAAACAACAAAGACAUUUUUAAAGCAGACUUUUCUAUUAAAACUGUAGAAAUGGAGUUAGAGGCUACUUACAUAGCUUUUGUUGCGUAUGUAUUAAACCCAUCAAAUUUCUGGGUACGUACUAAUGACCAUCAGACUGAAUUUCAAGAUAUAAUGAAAAAUAUAAACAAAUUUUAUGAUUUAUGUGAAAAUGAUGAACUGAUUCUAAGAAAUCCUGAGCCUGGCUUAUUUUGUUGUGCUAGAUACAGUAAGGACAGACAUUUUUACAGAGCUGUCAUCACUGAAAUUAGUGGUUAUAAGAUUAAUGUUUAUUUUUUAGAUUAUGGAAAUACUGAUUCCAUACCAUUUUUUGAUGUAAAAAUUUUGCUUCCAGAAUUUUGUGAGUUGCCUGCCUUAGCCAUGUGCUGUUCACUUGCACAUGUGUUUCCUAUUGAGGAUUUAUGGGUGAAAGCAGCAAUAGAUUAUUUUAAAAAAAUUGUUUUGAACAAAGCUAUUUUGCUUCAAGUCAUAGCCAAAAAAGAUGACAAGUACACCGUAAAGAUUCAGAGUAUCGAAGCCUCAGAAAAUAUUGAUGUUGUUUCUCUUAUGCUACAAGCUGGAUAUGCAGAAUAUUGGGAAGUAACACCAGAGUGUUUUCCAAAAUCUGUAAGUCAAUAUUCAAUGUUAAGUUUAAAAUCUAAAAACCAAUUUAAUAUUAAAAAAGUUGUAUCUGCUCUUCUUGAGGUACCUAAAUCUAAAAUAUACCCUUCAGAUAAGCUAGAAAAAAAUAACUUGUCUUUGUCAAAGUACCCAACUGUUCAUGACUCAGAUUUAAAAAAUUCUUUCACCACAUCUCAGGGCCCUGAAUCGUCAUGGCCUUAUAAAGAAUAUAUGUUUAAACCAGGGACAAGCCUUGAAGUUAAAUGUUCUUACUACUGUGGCCCAGAUGAUUUUUCAUGCCAGCUCCAGUGUAAAUUAGAAGACCUAAAAUUACUAAUGGAACAAAUUCAGAAUUAUUAUAGCAUCCAUUCUGAUCCUUAUCAAGUGGGGCAGAUUGCUUGUGUUGCGAGGUAUUCCAAAGAUGGGAAGUGGUAUAGAGCUGCUAUUUUGACUCAGGUAUCAAAAGAUGAAGUUGAUAUAAUAUUUGUUGACUAUGGUUACCAAGAAAGAGUUUUAAUCAAAGACCUUUGUGCUAUUAACCCACACUUUCUUUUAUUAGAAGCCCAAGCCAUUAGAUGUUGUCUUAACAAUUUAGUUGAGCCCGUUAGUUGUAAAUUGUUCCUUUGGACAAGAGAAGCAUCCAAAGACUUUGAAAAUUUUAUUUUUUCAUCUGGAGGAUUACUGACUUGCAUUAUCUAUGCCUUAGUUUUUAUACACCCAAACUGUUUGUGUAAUUUAGUGGAUUUACAGUCACAAUCCUCCUUCACUAGUGCAAAAGAAUUUCUUAUUAGUCGUGGCUCUGCACAGUAUAGCACAUUACCAAAGCCUCUUCCACCUUCAGUUAGUCUUUAUAGUUACUAUUAUUCUUCCUUUAAUUUAAAAAUUGGAAGUGAAGAAGAAGUAUAUAUAUCUCAUGUAUAUAGUCCCAAAAAGUUUUAUUGUCAACUUAGUAGAAAUAAUAAAGAUCUAGAGAUGUUAGAAACAAGAAUCUCAGAGAUUAUUAACCUCAAAAAUUGUCCAAAAUAUGAUGCUAGUAAAAUGAGAUUGUGCAUAUCUAAGUAUGUAGAGGAUGGUCUUUCAUAUAGAGCACUAGCAAUGCCAACAGAUUCAUCAUCUGACUUUCUAGUCUAUUUUGUAGACUUUGGAAAUAAGCAAUUAGUAGAAGAAAAUAUGCUGAGUGCCAUUUCAGAUCAGUUUCCAGAGUUGCUGUUUACACCUAUGCAAGCCAUUAAGUGCUUUCUGUCAGAUCUUAGAGAUGUAGAUAUUCCAUCAGAAAUCAGUGGCUGGUUUGAAGAUAGUUUCUUGGGAAAACCAUUGAAGGCAGUCAUCUUGUCUAGGGAGACAGAUGGGCAGCUUGGUAUAGAAUUGUAUGAUGGGUGUCAACAGAUAAAUCAGAAAAUUAAAAUGUGGCUUCAUACUUACAGAAAAAAACAAUCUGUCCAAGCACAUGGUAUGGAGAAGGCUCAUAAAAUAAGUGAGAAUAAGGCACUUGCUGCUUCACUGAAAGAUAAAAUAGAAAGCAACUAUCACCAUCAUAUGAUAAAUAAAACUAGUCUAGUAACAUAUUCUGAUAACAAAAUAGAUCAGUUAAUGCAGCCAAAAAGUGUGUAUGCUAGGUUUUUGAAACCACCUGUUUGUUAUAAAAUUGAAACUAUGUCCAAAAACAAAAUGAAGAAAUCUUUGAAUGAUGGACUUAAAAAUAAAGGUAUAAAAAUUGUCCCUGGAUCUGCACAUAUUAUUGAUGAAACUGAUGUGGGACAAAAAUUAGUAAAGGUUGUGUCACCAUCUUUUAUCAGAGAGUUGAAUCGGGCAGCCUCACAAAACUCAUGUAACCUUGUUAGUCCACAGAUCAAAGACCUUCCUCAGCCUCACAUUUUCUUAAAUUCCAAAGUUAAGGGAUAUGUUUCUAAUAUUAGUAAUCCAGCAAGUUUCCAUAUUCAGCUUGCUCAAAAUGAAAACUUAAUCAUCAGACUUGCACAUGCUCUAAAUGAAAGAACAAAUAGAGGGAAGAAGAGAAAAUCAGUUAAACCUUUCGUGGGAGAUCUUGUGGUUGCAGAAUACUCUGGUGACAAUGCUAUUUAUAGAGCAGCUAUUAAGAAAAUUUUGCCAGCUAAUUCUUUUGAAGUGGAAUUUAUUGACUAUGGUAAUACUUCAGUAGUACACAUAUCUAAAAUUUAUGAACUUAAGAGAGAAUUCUUAGCUAUUCCUCCCCUAGGAAUCCAUUCCUUUCUUAGUGGAGUAAAAUGGAAUGAGCCUGAUGAAAUUUGGGACAGCAAAACUGUGGACUAUUUUGCCUCAAGAGUGAAUAACAGAAUCAUUUCUUGUGAAUUUUUGAAAAAAUGUGAGCAGAAAUGGGAAGUAAAUAUAAUUUGUGAUGAAAAAUGCGUCAUCAAUGAACUACUGAAAUGGACAGCGUGUUCAAAACUACAGAAGACAGUUUUGCCUGUGCCUCAGAUUGUCUCUCAAAAGGUGAGCCCUGGGGAUAACAAUGAAACGAAGAAAGGAAGAUCAAAUGAAUGUGCAGGUUCUGUGAUCCUUCAACCAUCCUGCCAACAGCCGGUUAAAAUUCCUUUUGAAGAGUUAAAACCUGGGCAACUUGAAAAAGCUGAAAUACUUUAUGUCUCAAAAAGUGGAAGAUUUUAUGUGAAGUUAUCCAAAAAUAAAAAAAUAUUUUCAGAUUUAACUGUGUUAAUUACAAAAGAAGAAAACAACCCUUUUUUAUCAAUACAAAAUAUUGAAAAAGGCUUGGAAUGCUUGGCAAAAUCUAAGAAAUCCUUGAAGUGGUACCGAUCAAAAGUAGAAGAAAAGUAUGUUGAUGAAAAAGUGCUUGUUUUCUUAGUCGACAGUGGUAGGUAUGAAAUAGUGCCUUCAUACAAUACCAAGGCGCUCAGUGAUGAAAUCAGAAAUAUUCCAAGACAAGCUGUGCCUUGUAAGUGGAUUUGGUUUGAAAAUUCUAAGAACAUACAGUUUGAGUCCACUAUGUUUUUAUUUGCUCAUUUGGAAAUAAAAAUUCUUUUUCUGAAAUAUUCAGACUCUGCUUGGGAAGUAGAAAUUUUGAUAGAUGGCAUUUCGCUUUUGGAAUAUGUAAACCUGAAUACUGCUCAGGUUGAAGAAAACAAACGUCGCACUUCAGGAAUUGUUUUCAACACAGAAUCUCAAACUUCUGAGUCAUCAUGUGCAUUAAGAUCAUUUAGCUGGGCACAGCUUCAGAAUGGUAGGCAGUAUUCUGGUAUUGCUACUGCUGUUACUGAUCCAACAGACUUCUGUGUUCAGCUAGAAGAUUUUUUUGACACAAUGAAAUGUAUCUUUAUGUUGCUUUCUGAUCUACCAGAAACAUUACCAAGCCUGCCUCCAGAGCACAUAAUUCCUGGUUGUACUUGUUUGUUCAAAUAUGAAUUGGAAGAUCAGUGGACUAGAGUCGAAAUCUGUGAUGUGUCUGAUAGGUCUUUACAUCUUAUGUUGGUUGACUAUGGGCUUUCUGUUUACAUACCUUAUUCAGAUACAAUCCAUCUUAAAGUUGUUCCUGAGGAACUUUUGAAUUUGCCAAGGCUAAGUUACCCAUGUAUCUUACAUGGCGUCUUACCUGCUAAAAGCAGACACUGGGAUGAUGAAGCCCGAAGGUUUUGUCAAGAUUACCUAAGUAAACCAGGCCUAGUUUUUCAGCUAAGGGAAUAUAGUUUUCAAACAAAACUGAAAGUAGACGUCAUUCAUGAGGAAAACAGUUUGGCAGAUCUAUUAGUUGCAUCUGGUCUCGCGGUGUAUUCUAAAGAUUCAGCUAAUAUUGAUGCAGUUACUGCUACUGGAUCUACUGAAAUCCAGUAUAAAUUCCAGGCUGAUGUUAUUUGCCCAUCAUUAGAUAAAAAUAAUUUUGAAACAGAAAAUAUAAAUUAUACAUGCACCGAGAAACAAAAACUGAAAAAACAGAAACCGACAAAGAGGAAAGACAUGUAUAAUAGCCUUUUAAGGAAAAGUCAUGUUAGUAAAAGAUUACAUUCUCGGAAUUUUACCAUGAGAAAGAAAGAUGGUUGUGAGAACUAUAAUCCCCAAAGUGCCAUCUCAUUUGAUGCCUGUGCAGCUGCUGCAUUUUGGAUGCUGCCGGUUAGCUUGAAGCCUAACACCAGUUGCUUUGAAGAACUACCAAGUGAAGGAAUACAGGAAGAUAGUAGCACAGUGGACUUGAGGACAACAGUAAAAGUGUUGCAUGUUAAAGAAAAAAUUACUUUAGAAGAACAUUUAAAAGCAAUUGUGGUAGUAAUGGAAGCAGCUAUUAAGUUUUGA